UGAUGUGAUUAGUUGAAUGAACAUUUUUAGAGCAUUCUGUUUGUGUAUAUCCAAGUAUUGUUACCGAUAUUCUUAUUCAAUUUGUGCUUCCUUGGUUUUAGCAGUUCAAAGACGACGAAGAUAUUAUUCCGCUGAAAUUAUAUAUAGAUAAUUAACGAGCCAUUCAAUAUGAAGAGGCCGGUGUUAUUUUUAUCUCUGGUCAUGUUACUUUGUUCAACCCUUGUCAACUCGAUUGGGGUAGAUAUGGGUACGUGUUCUUGCUUGUGCGGAGUCGACGAUGCAUCUGGAGGUAGCAGCGUUGUUCUAGGAAAAAGUGGUGCUGAAAGCGAUUUUUACACCCGGCUUCGCGGCCCGAAGGGAGAUCUCGGAAGGCCCGGAAAACCGGGGUCACUGGGACCUCCAGGACAUCAAGGGAAUCCUGGUAUAAAAGGAGAACCAGGGCGAUCAUUCGGAAAUGAAGGAUCGCGUGCAACACCUUCGGAAUCAUGUUUCCAUUUAAGGGAAAGCGGUCAAUCUAGAUCUGGAGUCUAUACAAUACAACCAACGGAAUCAUCGUCCCCUAUCGAGGUUUUCUGUGAUAUGGAAUCGGCGGGUGGAGGAUGGACGUUGGUUGCCAGCAUUCACGAAAACAACAUAUACGGAAAAUGUACAUCUGGUGAUCUUUGGUCAAGCGAUCAGGGAAAAUCUAGUGAAAAAUAUCCAGGAAACGGAAAUUGGGAGAAUUUCAACACGUUCGGAUCCGCUGAAGGAGCUACGAGUGGGGAUUACAAGAGUCCUGCAUACUAUUCGCUACAAGCUUCCGAUGUUAUGGUAUGGCAUGUUCCUAACGAUGUCGAGAUCAGCCAAGCAUCUACUGAUGCCAAGUUGAAAUAUUAUACAAACACUGGAUUUUUAAGAGACUAUGGUGGAACAUUGCAGUCUAUGUACAGCAAACAUUUUCCAUUGAAAACUGCACCAAAACCAGGGGCCACAAUGGAAGGCGUGACAAGCCUAAUCGCAGCUCUCAAUCAAUCUGCAGCUGAAACCAAGCGAUUGGUGCCAAAUUUCUACGACUACGUUUAUGAUUUUGAUGGAAAUGUGCAGAAUUAUAUUAAAGAUGGCGGACAGGAUAUGUUUGACACCGGAAAUAAGUUGUUUUAUCGCAUUGGAAGCAAUCCUGAAACACAAAUUACUUACAACACUAAUUACAGAAACCGAAGCCAAGGUGUCGAUUUAUUAGCUGCUACAUCGCAUCCGUUUAAUCUUCUCAUGUGGAUCGGGAAUGACGGAGGUGCUGUAGACAUGUUCUCGCUCAAGGUAUUAUCAGGGACUGGUGCCGAUGGAGAUGGUUCCUCGCGUACACGAGAUGGCACAAUUACACAAGGAGAUUUUACUUUGGUCUAUCAUGCUUACAGCGUAUACGGCGCAAGUGAUCCAUCUAUAAGCGAAGUUUUCUACUACAUUACCAAUACUAAUACCUGGCAGUCACGAGCCCCCACGGCAUUUACUAAAAAUCCUUGGAGUGGAGGAACCGAUUCUUUACAGCAUGGUGUUGUAGUUAGCGGCGGUCCAAAGUCAAUUCUCAUGGGCUACACUCUUUUGUCUCGUACCAGUGAUGGCGAAGUCGAUGAAUCAAGUAUUAGGGCUGUAUUGAACAGGACUUUAACAGAAAUCAGUAACUUCGGAAAAAUCGAUGAAUUCAACUGCAGUCGUCUCGAAGAAUCGCUAGUACAACCCGUCCUAUACCUCCAGGGAAACAACGAUGAAGUGCUGAAUAAAAUCCCACCCGUUGCCAAAUCGCAAACGACACCAGGGUUCUUGCAAUUCAGAGCCUACAGCCCCACUGGUAUUCCCAAUGCAUUGUGCCCCGGAGUGAAAACUGAAGCAUGCCGGUCUCAAUCAGUUUGCAUCGGAGGAGUAAACACAAUGGCUAACGAUGAAAAAUCCUGUGGCGAUUUUGCAGGAUGGGAGGGACUUCCUGGAGAUACUCCGACUCAAACAGAACCGGACGGAAGUGCAAGAUCGCUUGAUGACGUCAAUACUUCUGUAUUGAUUUUUACUAGAAAACAGGCGUAAAUUUUUAUCGCCCAACAGGAGUGAAAUGAAAAACGACUUUUUUAAUCUUUUGUCUAUUGACAACCUUUCGAUAAUUUGAGUGUACUUGAAUUAUGUGUACAUGUACUCCAUUAAUAAUUUCAUUAUUAAAACAGAAAAUAAAUAAUGAAAAUAAUAAGAA